GUAGGGCGUGUCCCGCGUGUACGUUUCUUGCUCAAUACCGUACUCAACCGUUUUAGAACGUUUUGCAUUGUUUUGAAUCAAAACGCAUCGCACCCAACCGCAAUCAAACGUACGCGAGGGACACGCCCUUACAACGACGGAAGUCUUUCCGCUGAGUUACGGAUAUUAGCUUCUGACGUUCUAAGUCAUUCGCAGCGCCUCAGAACUCGAGUACUUUCCACGAUCGCCAUGGCUGCUGCGACUUUCUCCUCCGUGCGCACCGCACGUCUCCGACUAUCGCGCACAGACGUCGCGCGGACGGCCUUGUGCCGCCCGGCAUUCGCGGUGGCUGCUGGCGGCGCGUGCGGGCCGGCGGCGCCUCGUCGGAUUGCUGCUGCUCCUUCUACUAGCUGCUCCGACGAUGCCAGUACUAGUUUAGCCGUGCGGCGCUGCUGCGCCGCCGCGUCGCUGUCCAUGACAGCGCGGCGUAACUCAGCGCCUUCCGGCGGUGAUGGCUCUGCGCUCUCCAGUACCAUCUUAGCGCGUGCGGCUUCUGCUCCCGCCAAUGGCGCUGCACACUCGACUAGGAGGCUCCGGUUUUCUACUAUAGCGGCCCAAGCAAGCCCCGGGCAAGCGGCGACGGCGAAGGAAUCAGAGGACGACACGUGGCAGAUCAAGCUGCUGUACGAUGGCGACUGCCCAAUCUGCAUGAGAGAGGUUGACUUCCUCCAAGGUCGCAACCAGCAGCACGGCACGCUCAAGUUCGUGGACAUAGCGGCGGAGGGCUACAGUGCGGAGGAGAACGCGGGGGUGUCAUACGAUGCGGCGAUGGGGCAGAUCCACGGGAUCUAUAGAGAUGGCACCGUGGUCACUGGGGUUGAGGCCUUUCGCAAGUUCUACGAAGCUGUGGGGCUGGGAUGGGUGUAUGCAAUCACCAAAUUCCCUCCGGUCGGCGCUCUGGCAGAUGGUGUCUACGAGCUGUGGGCCAAGUACCGCCUGCCUCUUUCGGGCCGCCCGUCCCUGCAAGCAGUGAUAGAGGAGCGUCGGCAAAACAAGCUUGGAGUUCAAGGAUGUAAAGAAGAGGAAGACUGUGAAAUCCAGUUUUAAAGUUCAGUCUUUGUAAUUAAUGUCAACAUACACAUUUAUACAUAUGUGUAGGCUAGAUAGAUGUACUGGUUACUGUGAAGGGGAUAACUCUACUCUUGUACAUCUCUCUCCUUAGUCAACCCCUUUUUCUCUCGAUA